CUAGUAAACGACCCUUUCUGAUGAAAGCAGAGAAAAGAUGAGUUGCCGAUGUUAAAUGUCACAGCCUGGUUGUCAAGCUUGCGUGAACGAAGGAUCGUCGACUUUUGCUCAAUACAUCCAUGUCCGACUGCUGUGACAUCUUCCUCAGCCUUAUAACCUGUUGUUGUAUCUGCAGCAGUGUCUGCACCAACGACCCUCGUGCAUGUUCCUGUUGUUGUAGGAAGCAGGACGAAGACCUCGAGAUGGUAUAUCCUGAGGUCAUGCAAGAUCAGCCUCAGAGAAAAGACCCUAUGAUUGCUAAUAAUGCGAGCCGGGAGGUAGCAGCGGAUCACGUACAAGAGCAGCGAAGAGGUCAAGAUACCAUGAGUUAACGUGAUGCAUACAGACGUAUAACGGACAUAUUGGUUUCG